AAGUCAAAUUAAUUCUGUUGCAGUAUCGACUGUCUAUUCGAAUAGAGCUACAGCGGAAGCAGCCAAAGCCAUAAUGAUAGAAAUAAAAAAAAAGAAAGAUGAAAUAGGCAGGAUCGAGAAAUAA